UAGCUGGGAAAUCUCGACCCCGAGUUCCGGCUGGUGUGUCUCUCGGCUGGUGCGGGUCCCCUGCCCGUGUGGGCACAGGUGGAGAUGGCUUGCGCCGCGGCGCGGUCCCCCGCCGACCAGGACAGGUUUAUUUGUAUAUACCCUGCUUAUUUAAAUAACAAGAAGACCAUCGCGGAGGGCAGGCGAAUCCCCAUAAAUAAGGCUGUUGAAAAUCCUACAGCUACCGAGAUUCAAGAUGUGUGCUCAGCAGUUGGACUUAAUGUAUUUCUUGAGAAAAAUAAAAUGUACUCCAGAGAAUGGAAUCGUGAUGUUCAGUACAGGGGCAGAGUUCGGGUCCAGCUCAAAGAGGAAGAUGGCAGCCUCUGUCUUGUCCAGUUCCCAUCACGUAAGUCGGUGAUGUUGUAUGUGGCAGAAAUGAUCCCUAAGUUAAAAACAAGGACACAAAAAACAGGAGGUGGUGACCAAAGUCUUCAGCAAGGAGAGGGAAGUAAAAAAGGGAAAGGAAAGAAGAAGAAGUGACCUGGUAUGCGAGUCAAGGAUGUGAUACUACUGUAAGAGACAUGAAUGGAGAUUUCUGAUUUGUAUCUGAGAGAAACAGAAGAUUUUUGUUUGUAUCAUUUAACUGAACUGUGAACAUUUGUGCCUCCCAGCUUCAGCAUCAGAGUUGACAGUGACAUUUAUAUCAGAAGUUUGCAUCUAGCAUUUAUGCAGUAUAAAAUAAUUUUUUUUGCCGUUCAGUGCAGUUUUUGUGGAAGAAAAGCAUAUUUUUAAAUGAACAACUACCAUACUUGAAAUCUUAUAUCUGUCCUCUUUGUAAACAUGUUUUCAGAUAAAUGAGUUUAAUAAGAUGUGAAACACAUUUUAUUCAUAUUUUAAGUUAAUGAGAUAAAAUUCAAAACUGACUUUUGUAGCUUUUGCUUGUGAACUGAUCAGUGUGAGUAGAGGAAAUAAAGAGAAUAAAAUGGGUAGUGGAAGUUUAGUGUGAGCCUAAAACUGUAAAAAGUGGUUCAGUCCUCUUGGAGGUCUAUGAACAGCUCAUCUGUAGAGCAUAUUCUUUUAAUCAGUUACUGUUAUUAAAUUGUUCAAUUACUAGUUUAUUGACAUAUGAAAAGUCCUGGAGUUUAGUUUUAAAUUUGCUUAUUUUGUGUAGGCUUAAGAACAUUAUUUUAACUGGAGUUCUAAAAUUACCUAUGCUUUAGCACCUUGAGAUGCAAUUUUUUUCAAGAAACUAAAUUGAGUUGGUGAUCCUGACUUUAUUCCAAAGCACUGUUUCUGAAGGUGGUGGUUCUUGAAAAAUGUAAGCGAAUCCCUAUCCAGCCGCGUGUUUUUGUCUACUGCGUACCUCCUAGGGAACUGCCUUCUCUGACUCCAUAUGCUUCUGGAAGGGCUAUUACUGCGCCCCAAUGUUGAGGUCAGUGAUGGGCCACAUACACAACGGUGGUCCCAUAAGACUAUAAUGGAGCUAAAACAUUCCUGUCGCCUACUGACGGCUUAGCUGUUGAAAAUUUGGAGUACAAUAGUGCAUUACUCGUGUGGGGUGAUGCUGGUGUAACAAACGUGCGCUGCCAGUUGUGUACAAGUACAGCACAUGCAAUUAUGUACCAUGUACAGUUCUUGAUAGUGACAAUAAAUGACUGUUACUGGUUUAUGUAUUUACUAUGCUUUUGUAAUUCGUUCAGAGUGUAUUUCUACUUAUAAAAAAAAGUUUGCCGUUAAACAGUAUGCCUUGUUACACCAGCAACAGCUUCAUACAUCUUGUGUUUACUGCAUCUCUUCAUUACAUCAUCUUCUCUUGUACUUGAUUUAUUCUUGUGUUUUAAAAUUUCAGUGUAAUGUGGGGCUUGAGGGGAGGGCAGAAGCCUAUGUGCUUUGAUUUUGCGUCUUAAAAAAAAGAUACAAGAAAAUAAAAAUUUAGUAUAGUCUAA